AUAACUGGGUGCCCUUUGGAGUACAGAGCAGUUGAGAAGUGGUUACAGCGGGUCCAGAUGCUGCUCCGGUCUCUGCGGCUCACCAUGUCCCUCAGCCUCUUCCGGCGCCUCCUCCUGGCAGUCCUGCUACUGGUGAUCAUCUGGACCCUCUUUGGGCCCUCGGGCUUGGGGGAGGAGCUGCUGAGCCUAUCCCUGGCGUCCCUGCUGCCAGCCCCAGCCUCACCCGGGCCGCCCCUGGCCCUGCCCCGCCUCUUGAUUUCCAACCCCCGGGCCUGCGGUGGCCCCGGACCUCCUCCCUUCCUGCUCAUCCUGGUGUGUACGGCCCCGGAGCACCUGAACCAGAGGAACGCCAUUCGGGGGUCUUGGGGCGCCAUCCGCGAGUCCCGGGGGUUCAGGGUGCAGACGCUCUUCCUCCUGGGAGAACCUGUAGGGCAGCACCUCCCCGACCUAGCCUCGGAGUCGGCAGCGCGGGAGGAUAUCUUGCAGGCCUCCUUUCAGGAUUCCUACCGCAACCUCACCCUCAAGACCCUCAGCGGGCUGAACUGGGUGAAUAAAUAUUGUCCUAUGGCCCGCUACAUUCUCAAGACGGACGACGACGUGUAUGUCAAUGUCCCAGAGCUGGUGUCAGAGCUGAUCCAGAGAGGGGGCCCUUCAGAGCGAUGGCAGAAGGGCAAGGAGCCGCAGGAAGAGACCACAGCUGUCCACGAAGAGCACGAAGGCCAGACAGUCCCACUCCUGUACCUAGGCCGAUUGCACUGGAGGGUGAACCCCAUUCGGACACCGGGGUCCCGGCACCAUGUGUCCGAAGAACUGUGGCCUGAAACCUGGGGUCCUUUCCCACCUUAUGCCUCGGGCACAGGGUACGUACUGUCCGCCUCUGCUGUGCAGCUCAUUCUGAAGGUGGCCAGCCAGGCACCGCGUCUACCUCUAGAGGAUGUCUUUGUGGGAGUAAGUGCAAGGCGAGGGGGCCUUGCCCCCACACACUGCGUCAAGUUGGCUGGUGCCACCCACUUCCCCCUGGACAGGUGCUGUUACGGGAAAUUCCUGCUAACAUCCCACAAGGUGGAUCCCUGGAAAAUGCAGGAAGCCUGGAGGCUGGUGAGCGGACUGGAUGGGAAAAGGACUGAGCCCUUGUGUUCCUGGCUCCAGGGACUCCUGGGUGUCUUGAGGUGCCGGUUCAUAGCCUGGCUCAACAGCAGCUGAGAGCCAGAGGCCACAGAAAAGAGCAUCUCAGGGACCUGUGCCCCACAAUCAGUGUGCACAGGCUGCAGCUCCCUCCCUGUGGUGAUCCAUCUCCUCACAGCAGACUCUAAAGCCACUACCAGGCAAGGAGAGAGGAGACUUGGGGCCUGCCGGCUCCAGACAGUCACCCCAGAAGGAUAAACGCAGGAGGGAACUGGGGAGACAGCUGGUCUCACCAGCUGGGACAAGAGCCAAUAAACUGGUCUCUUCCCCUCAAGUGCAGGUCGUCACCUGUCUUCACCACGACCCCGCACACCUGGAGAGCCCAGAGGCUCCAGUACAGCUGCACACAAGUCUGUCUCGGUCAGUCACUCUGGGGCAAAGGCCCCUAAGGCAAAGGCCUAGACAACCGUAGGUGUGGGGCAGCAGGAGGCAGGACAGAGCUGAGCCUAGAACAGCCCACACCAGGGAAAAAACAGCUACAGGGCGAUCCAAACACUCCCCCAACCUUGUUUAGUAUCCCCACACCCCCAUCCAGCCAAGGUGAGAUACAAGGCACACAGGAUGAGUUCCCUACAGAUCUUUUUAUUUACAGUGUGUGUGUGUGUGUGUGUGUGUGUAUGUGUGUGUGUGUGUGUGUGUGUGUGUACACUGCGCGUCACCCUGAAUGCACACUGGCCCAUAUGUACACAGAAAGUUAAAGGACAGCUUGUGUGAAUGGUUCUUUCCUUCUACCACGUCUUCUGGGAAUUGGCCUCAGGUCUGGCAUCAAGCGCCUCUGCCCACUGAGCCAUCUGGCCCCUAUGGGUCAUCUCGGGAAUGCUGUUUCUGGCUCAUCGUACAAAUCUAUCCAGUGCAGAUGGACGGGCUCCAGGAGGCUUGGUCGUCUCUUGCUGCUUCUGCUGCUGCUGCUGCUGCUGUUGCUCAAGGCUCUGCCGGACUUUGUCCUGGAGACAAAGAAAUGGGGAGCCCAGGAGAAAGUGAGCAGAGGCUGGCUGAUAAGGCUCAAGGCUGGAAAGUUGCAGGCUGACAUCUGGCUAACCCCAUGUUUGCAUACCCUGUGCUCCUGAUCCAUGACCUUCUUCUUCCUCUUCACCAGGCUCGCUGUGGAGCCUCGGCCCUUCUGCUUUGCCUUGGGUUGGAAGGCAGCCUUGGCAUCAGGGUCAUAUCCCUGACAAGGGACCACAGUGAAAUCAGGAGUAGCCCCAGUGAGCUGGCAGCACCCACCUACUGAGCUGCACUUCCAAAUGAGGCAGCGCACACAAGGGGAGGAGCUCUGCCCUGCCUCAACUCCACGUGCCAUCCUUUGGUCAAGCCCCUGGGAGGCCUGCCCUGCUGAAUGGAGAUGGAGCGGGAGGGGAGGGCAG